AUGGAUUUAGACCCGCCGCCGGCAUACGAACCUCCCUCCGGUCCUGGUGGUGAUGACAGCGUCGACAUCAGCGUCGAUGACAGCUUCGAUGACAGCGACCCAGGCGUGAACUGGGCACGCAACCACCUCCUCGAAGCCCGCUCUGCUCUCGCCAGCUACCCUGAAACCAAGCGCGCCCUGAAGCGGCAGGUGCUUGAAGAACAAGAGAUGAUACGGCUAGGCAUCGACCAUCAUGGACCGCCACCUGCACAUGCUCCGCGGACCAUCGUGCCGCCUUGGAAGGACGGCAGCAUGCUCACAGACGUGGUGCCGACUAGUUCGAUCUUUGGGCCAGGAAACAUCGAGGAAGAGCUGGAUCAAGCUAUUGAUUUUCAGGAGUUCGGAUAUAUGAAUGUGAUGCCUAGUCUGCGGCGUAGGCAAGACCCCUUGAGGGAUGCGUUCGGGGGAGUGCAGACAAUGGUUGUGCGAAAUCCGUCGAUUAAAUGGGGCGCUAUGGUGCCGCGGCAACAUUUUCCAGGGGCAGAGGUGGAGGGGGUUAUACCUGAAAUGCAGUUGACACCGGAGUUUGUGGUAAUUAAGAGGCAUGUGUGCGGGACAGAGUGUCCAGAAGGGUGCCACGAGGGAGGAGGGGUGAGAACGAAGGGGAAGGGAAAGCCGGUGGCAGAGGUAGGAGAUAUAGAAGGGGGUGAGGCGAUGGAGGGCGUGGUGUUUGCGCAUUGGGGUAACGAUGACUUUGACGAGAGUGAAGACAGUGGCUCAGACCACGAACAAAACGAAAAGUUACGAGAGCAGCAGGAGCUCAAGACAAUAGAGACUUUAGAGCAUUGUACAAUUAUCGAGCGGCAUCGCAGGAAAUGGGCAGCGGAAAUUGGCGCACUGACGGACAAAGCGCGGAUUAUGACUGAGAAGCUCCCGUCAAUUAGCCUCAAUACGAAAGAACCAAGCCACGAGGCAGAGAGAGUUUACGAGCCAGCAUUUGUUUUGUCUGGCAAGAUGAUGAAUCGACUGGAUGACCAGAGAAGGAAGGAAGAGGAGCUUAAGCAGGAGAAGGCGAGGCUGGCCAGGAUACGAAUUACGAAAUGGCGAGCGGCAAUGGCGGGGCGAGAUACUUCCCAGAUGGGAGAUAAGGCAGGAGAGGUCAUGUUCCAGUCGCUGGUGGACAGCGGGGAUCUCGCUGCACCGGAAAACAACCCAGACAACGAGAGUUUUAACAGCAACUACGAGGGAUCGCCUACUGGGGGCAACAAUGGCGGGGCUUCUGGUCCGGCUCCACGGUCUCCAGACAAGGAAGACUCUGCAGAGAGGCGUAAGCAGGAGAAGUCAAGGCUGGCCAAAAUACGACUUGCAAAAUGGCGAGCGGCAAUGGCGGGGCAAAGUACUACCGAGAUGGGAGAUGAGGCCGGAGAGGCCGUGUUAAAGUCCAUUGAUGAUAGUCCAGGGCCAAGUGUGGUUACUGAAAACACCCCGACAAGUGAUUUUGAUGAGGCGAUGGCACUGCAAGCCAGCCAACCCACUGUCAAAUCCACCGAGGAGGUAGUAUUCGACCUAGCCGAACAAGAGGACAAAAAAUUACAAGAGACAGCCCAAGAAGAGGUCCCCGAAGAGAUACACAGCCUCGAGGCCACUUCUCAGGAGACUGCUGCGGAAGAGUCCAUCGCCCAGGCACUCAUCGCCCAAGCUGCGAUCGUCCGGGGUGCAACUACUCCAGACCUCGAUCUUGAAGAAACUCCCAUUUCUGAAUCAGCCCCAAAAGAGACCACUUCAGCAGAGGCCACACUGGAAGAUGCCACGUCUGAAAAGCCUGCACCUAAAGAGGCCGCGCCUGAAGAUACCACGCCUGAAAAACCCACACCUAAAGAGGCCACGCGUGAGGAGACUACCACUCAAAAGGCUAUCGCUGAAGAAACUUCAGCCCAAGAAAAUCUUGGUCCAGGGCCAGGGCCCAGCCGUAAGAGACUAGCUCCCAAUAAGUCAUCCUUAAAGAGACGCCCAGCCAAGAGACAGUCUAUCCGUGACUCACCAUUUCUAGACGCUUCAGAACGAGAAGCGCCUCCUCUAUGGAUAUUGCAGCGACAUGGGAGGCUUAUCCGCAAUCCGUUGGCCGGUUCUACCACUGGCUAUAGGCGCUGGUCUGAUCCGGAGAUUGAUGCGCCUGUUCCCAUGCCAUCAUCCGAUUCAGAGCCACGCCCUCGAUCCACCACAAUCUCAGAAGGCACGGAGCCUCCGGUGCCGCGCUGCUCAGCUGAAGAUACAAUCCCAACUAUAGGGGAAGAAGGCCAGAUGACAGAGCACGUCGAAGUAGUUGACGAUAUCCUAGCCCUUCCGUCGCCUGCUGAGUGGUUCUUGGCGGAUAGAGAGAGCAUGCCCCCGCCGCCCUCGCCGCGACCUCGCAAACGGUCCAUGGCAGUCAUAGAAGGCUCGCCAUAUAUGCCUAGUCGCUGGUCGCCUGACGACUUGUUCCCAAGCAUAGAGAGGUUAUUCCAGGCUGCGAGGCCGUCUUCGUCGGGUGGGGACAGCGCCGCCGAUGUCACUUCACUGGCUCCCGCGCGUGCCAGUACACCCGAACCGCUUCAAAUGUCGCGAGAGCAGAUCCGAAACAGUGCACAGGAAUUAGCAAAUCUGCUAGGGCCUGCCGAAGAAAGAUUUAGGCAUCCUGCUAUUGGUUUAAUAACUGUGAUGACGAACCCUCAGAUGGCAGAGUUGACAAUGCCCUAUCGGCCGACACGAGGACCUAGUGCGCUUAGAAGGGAGAUUCUGAUUGACAAAGAGGCCUUAGAGGCAGAGAACUUGGAAAGAUUUGCUCUGGAGGCUGAGGAGCUCGAGAGAGGCGUGUUUGCUUCUCGUGUCCCUGAUCCCCCUCCUUAUAAUCUGCGCAGUAGAUCUAGGACCAGUUCGGAGAAUCCAUCACCUGUUACGCCGAGCAUCUUCAGUGGCGAAACGUCGGGGACUUCAGUUACUGCUACACCAACGGGAUCAGGAGAUUUGACGGGUGAAGCGGUUGUGGCUGCCGAGCUGGCUGAAGAUAGGAGCGGAAUGAGGGUUGUGGAGAGGGUUGUGGCGAUGGUUCUGGAGGGGGUGUAUUUGCCGUCCAGUCCGGCUUUGGCGGUGGAUAGGCUGGUGUUGGGUAGAGACGGUGCACCGGGAGUAGACCGGAGCGAGGGGAGGGCUAAUCUGUGGCGGGAAGAGAGCACGGGGACGGAGGGGAGCACGGGGACGGAGGGGAGCAUGGGGAGAGAAGGUAGCAUGGAGAGUCUGAGCAGUACUGGAAGAUCGAGAAGCAUGGAAAGAGAAGGGAGUAUUACGACAGAGGUUGUGGAGACGCUGGGGGGUUUGGCGGUAGAGAGUGUGAGUGAGGAGGGUGGACCCGAGGAGGGAAGUGAAGUGCUAGGAAGGGUCUUGCCGUCGACGGAAGUGCCCGAGGAGGCGAUUGAAGAUGAAGAGGACGGGGCGCCGCUGACGAAGGUAUCGAGCCAUUCAUCGAGGCAUUCAUUGUAAAGUAGGGUGAUUCCGGAGAGUGGCUGUUCGGGGUGAGAUUCUUUUUGACGUUCUGAGCUGUACAUAUUGGUUUUACUUGGUGUUUUGGUUUUGGUUUUGAGAUGGAGUAUAGAGUAAGUUUUGCACACGAUGGGGUUUGGAAUAGCUAUUCUUGGAUAAGGUGUACUUGCAGCGAGACACUGAUACAAUGGGAAAGAUCCGAGCGGAGAACAGCCCCCAAGAUUACCAGACCUUGGCAAUUCUUCCCACUCACUUUGCACCCCCAACUGGCUUACUACAGUUAGUAUGAGCAGUGUACUCCAAUCUGCUCUAUCUUAUUGGUAAUUUGGCACAGCUGGGACCCGUCUAAUUUUGCUUGAAAUGUUCCACCUCAAGACCCCGGGAAGGCUGAGCCCAAGCCUUGUCUCGGUGUUGACGCACUGAUUGGUAGGGAGGCCGUGUGGUGGUAAUGAGCAAAACAUGGU